AUGAUAAGAGGAUAUUUUCCUAUAUCUGACCACAUAAGCAACGCUAACCCUAGCUAUAUAUUUGAAUCGCUUAUAGGAGAAGGCAGCUUUGGCUGCGUUUACAAAGCAUAUGACCCUACAAACAAUCUAAGUGUUGCAAUCAAACGGUCCUUAAAAUCAGGCUGUAUGGUUUCUAGAGAGUUUUCAAUAUUAAAAGAGACUGUAAACUGUCCAAAUUGUGUAUCCUUUAUUGCUUUAAAUUUAAAAAAAAAUCAUUAGAAAAAUCCAUUUGCUAUAACUAAAUAAAAAAAUCAUAAAACUCCUCGAUAUUUUUUAUUCGGUCACAGACGAUAAUAAAUUUAUCCAACACCUCGUUUUCGAGUGUAUGCCUAAAAACCUUGCACAAUUUUUAGCAGAAAGAUGGAGCCUUGACCCUUUAAACGACUUUGAAAUCACUUCAAUAAUGAGGCAGCUUUUAAAAGGCUUAGAAUAUCUUCACAGUAAAAAUAUAAUGCACAGGGACAUAAAACCUCAAAAUAUUCUUAUUGACGAUAAUGACGAAUUUUACAAGGUAAAAUUAUGUGACUUUGGAAGCGCAAAAUUUGUGACUGGGAAAAACAUGCCUUAUGUAGUCAGCAGAUAUUAUAGAGCCCCUGAGCUAAUUCUUUUGAAUACAGAUUAUGGCACUGAGAUUGAUAUUUGGGCUGCUGGCUGCGUUUUUAUUGAAUUAUUCACAGGCUGCCCGAUUUUUCGAGGGGAUACUGAAGCUGACCAAUUUAUAAAAAUUGCAAAUAUUAUUGGCCCUCCUACAGCGACUGACAUGAAAAAUCUUACAAAAAGUGUCCAGCUCAACACAAAAAUGAUACAAAGAAUAAUCAAAAUAGGGAGAAAAAUCCAAUGAGUCCAUUUAUUUAAAAGAAGCCCAAAAGCUGAAGAAGCUUUUGAUUUAGCUCAAAAAAUGGUAUGCUGGGACCCUACAAAGCGAUUUACAGCUACACAGUGUUUAGAACAUCCUUUUUUCUUAAUUUAA